UUUAUUUUGUGAGAAAAUCAGAUGGUUCGGAAAUUAAAGUGCAUGUCAUUUGUUAAAUUAAAUCUAAAUAGAAGGAUUUCACAUUCAAAUAAGAUAAUCAGCAAACGCUCCUGCAAUCUUUAAGGUGGCCGCAACUGGAAUGUGUCAUACGGGGGAUCCGGUGCACGCUUAACAAAUGACAACAGUAGCCGAUUGUCAAUUAAGACAGUAAAAAAGCACCAGCCUUAUCUUUGUGCUUAAUUGAAAAGGUAUCAUUCUUCGUAAAAUGAGUAUCAGCGCUUUGUUAAGCUAAUUGCGUUACGAUAAUAACCGUUGUCUCAAAACCCAAGAUUUCAAACACAAUGGAGAAAAAUGCCAAAUUCCGAUCUCUGCAGAAUCCCGCUAAUGUGUGCCGGCAUCUACAAAGUAACAUCUUAGCGUCCGUCUCUAGCAGUAUUAGUCUCGCUGAGGUUCGCCGUACUUUAGCAACUUUGAUGGAAGGCGAUUGGUCAGACGAAGAUAUCAUCGGCUUUUUUACAUACAGCCAGCAGAAAAUCUUCAAAGUUUCGUGUAGUCAACUGUACAUGAACGAUCAAGAAAGUUCGAGUGAGGAAGAAGAUGAGUGCCCUGUAGUUACGCCGAAUUCCACAGAGAAACGCAGCUUUGUUACGCCGAUGGAUACCACUACGUCUGCUCAGGACAACAGUUAUUUAUCAAAGUCGGAUGGGGAAAAACAAUAUUUCUCAGACUCGGAUUCCGAAAGACAGUAUGCUGCAAGCAUCCUACAACAGUAUAAUCAAUAUUUAAUAUCGAAAUCUCAGAUCAAAGAGAAGAUAGUUUUAGCUCCAAAAAAACAAAGCAUUACGAGAGUCCGUUUAGUGACAACAUCGGAAGGUAGCGGAAGCAGCUCGGAUAGUGACAAGCCUGCCCCGAAGGAACGCAAGGCAAGCACAACAAAACGACGACAUGUAGCUUCAAGUGAGCUACCGUCACAUAGAAUUAGUUCCGAUGACGAUGUAAGUUCCGAUAUUGAAGAUUGCUUGAAAAAAGACCGAUCUAUUAAAGAAAACUAUUCACCUGCUCAACAAAAUGUUGAAGCAACUUGUCCAACCCGGGCGUUUAUGCGCGAGCCACAAAAAAUCACCACCCAGAUUAUAGAUUCUCGACCACCAUUGCCGAGGGUUAAUCUUUGCGAUUCGGAGUCUGAUAAUGAAACUGCUGCUAACAAUUCACGAAAAAAUCUUCACGAAAAAAAAGAUUUCGAGGCUGAGACUGCCAGGCAGCUCAAACUGAAACAUAUGGAGCGCACAAAACGUGAAAAUAAUCUAAGUGGCUUCUUUGAUCGAAAAGACACUUUGGAUGAGGAACGAAGUGGUAGUCAUGAUAGCACCAAAAUUUAUAACGAUAUAAUGAGAUACACAAACGGGGAAUUAACGUAUAUGGAAAUCAAGGUCUACUUGGAGUAUUUUCGAUCCAAGUUAGGUGGUAACAUUGGUUAUUUAUCUACAGGCAGCGUUGUGGCAGCAGUUCUCGAUAUGUACGAAGUUGACAAGGACAAGGAAAGACUCAACGACAUUUUGGUAAACCUAGAACGAGCAAAACAAGAAUAUCAACAUGACUAGUUAUAGCUUAAAAUAGAAAACUACCUUGAGGCGACUUUCACUAGAGAUUUAUGUGAUAAAAAAAAAUGAGCGUGCGUAAGUAUACAUUGUACUACACCUAGUAAGAACUUGCAAGUACUUUGCACAUUGUAGAGAUAGCGUGCGAUAAUUCAGAACACUUCUAUUUCAGUGCUUCCGUUUCUGAACACAAAUUUAAGUUAGUUUGAGCUGUCAUCGCCUUCUUUCAGUGUGAGCAAUAAAAUGACGCUUCAACAAUACCUACAAUGACAUACAGGAAAUCAUAAUUAAAACAAAAAUGAGCUUUUCAUGCUCAAGGUCGAUUCCCAAAAUGUUAUGGUUAGCCUUUUUUGACAAAAUUUCGAAAUCAAAACAUGCUAGUUUGGUACUGUACACAUAGGAUGGGGUAAUCCACAGUAUAAACAGUGUUACCUUUUGUCGUUAAAGAAUUUAGGUUAAGACAGUUAUCAUUUUACGAUUCAGGCGCUUCACGUUCUACCACAGUCAAACCGGAGUACUACUUUAUUAUUAUUUCACCUAACGGCUGUCGAAAAUAAUGAAGCCCGCCCUAUUCUUUAUCUUUUUAAUUAUAGUAUUUACUAUAAUAUUGCAGGACACAAACUGUGCACUACUUAAAUAAUAAAAUAAAUAUGAUACCUUAAAAAUAAUAAGAUACAUUA